UUUACGUAAUAGACCCCCUAUUCGAGAGCUAUCGAUAUCUUACAAUCGGAUGGCGAUAUCGAUAAUCAUCGAACUGCUGUACAGAUCCCGCUACAGUUUUAAACUCUUAUCACUCAAUAUUUGUAAUUAUCAUCCCAAUUGUCAUGUUUGUCGGAGUCAAUUUACAAUGCAAAUUCGAGUUUCACAAAGGAGCUUAUGGUACAUAAAUUCAAUUGGCAGCUGUAUUACUUUCGCAGGGAGCUGUUGGGUUUUGUAUCAGAUACGCCGUAUUUCACAGAUUCUACAAUCUGCAGUAAACACCAAUGUACUACAACUUGAACAGGGUUUAACGCAAUAUAUUUAUCUGGACGAUUCUCGGUUUGAAGAUGUUGUCUUCUGGGAGAAUAAAUUAAAUCUGGAGGAAUUUGUGAAAGAAAGUAGACCUAGCACAUAUAGUUAUUUAAAAACAAACUGGAGUUCUUUUCAUCGAAACUGGGCCUAUAAACUCCUGCAUGUUGCCCAGACAGGAAGCAAAAGCGACAGAUGGAAAGCGCUAUGUUCUCUUAGCCGAAGCAGUCACUUGAAUGACUGGGACUACAGACAUAUGGCUCAAAUGUUAAAUGCUAAAACUGCAAUUAUACUUGCUAGGAUGCCCAAUCUAGAGCCAAGAUUUUUCCUUAAACCACCUUACGAUCACGUACGACUAAAAUUGGAUGAUGUAAGAAAGAGACUAUGUUCCAUGUUGAUCAAUUUGAACAAAUCAUGUAACGGGUGUCACAAAUGUCUUUCAGAAUUCAUAGAUAAGAGACUAUGUAACUAUCAACAAGAGAGUUUAUUUCAAGAUUAUGACUUAGUGAUAACAGGAAUGACGAUGGCACGGUCUGUUGUAUGGGAUCAAAAUUUGUUUCAAAAUUGCAUUCAAGCCAUCUAUCAUCAUUCUACAUUUGCAUGUCAUGUUAGAGAUAUCAUCGAUGCGAAGGGACUUUCGGUAUUAAUGGACGUGCAGAAAUUAUUUCCGGCUGAUCUUGAUAUAUCUGUAUUACUUGCAGAGGUCCUCUCAAAUAUAUCUAUCCACUCUGAAUAUUUGGAUGACAUUUUUAGAUCCGGAUGGAUCGGUGUAUUAGCAGUAUGGUCCCAUCACGAGGAUGUACGUCUCUCGGCAACAGCUGCACGAGCACUAGCCAAUUUAGAUGCCGAAGACGACCACAAUGAAAAGUAUCCAACACGCAUAUAUCUACUGCAUCCAUUGUACAGAGAUGAAAUGUCAAAGAAAUUAGAUGUCAUUUUUGUGCACGGCCUUUUGGGCGGAGUUUUCAUCACGUGGAGACAACGAGAUCUUGAUGCAUCGAAACGGGGAUUAAUGGAUACUUUUUCAUCGAGUCACGGAUCAGAUUCUGCUCUCUUCCCUGGGAAUCAUCCACAAGAGUUUCUGUUAGAUUUAUCUCGUGAUUUGAGGAUGCACGAGUGGAAACAAUUGGGGCAUGACUUUGAAGUGGUGUUGCAUGACUGUCCCGAAGCUUCUAAUUCCGAGGCACGUGGGCCAUUUACGUGUUCAGGCAACGACAUUUAUCUGGAGCACGAAGAAAAAGAUUCGUCGAAAAGAACACAAUGUUGGCCACGAGAUUGGUUAGGAAAAGACGUACCGUACCUGCGCAUACUAGGUAUAAAUUAUGACACAAAUUUAUCCAUGUGGACGCCACUUUGUCCUACAGAAGGUUCAAAAAAUACUAUUAGCGAAAGAAGUGAAGAAUUUAUUCAAAAGCUAAUCAUGACUGGUGUUGGAAAACGGCCAAUUGUGUGGGUAUGUCAUUCGAUGGGUGGACUACUCGUUAAAAAAAUGUUACUUGAAGAAUGGAAAAAUGGGGAUAAACACAAACUUUGUCAGAAUACGCGAAGUAUCAUAUUUUAUAGUACUCCCCAUCGAGGUUCUCAUGUGCCGACUCUGAUGACUACUCAAAUGCUAGUAUGGCCUUCUUUAGAAGUGCAAGAACUUUGGGAAGAAUCCCCAGCUCUUUUACAGUUGAACCAAGAAUUCGUCAGGAUGUUGAAACAGUAUUCUAUGGAUAUCAUUAGUUUUUGUGAAACAAAGUCCACGCUUGUGACAGCUCUAAGAUUUCCGAUUCAAUUUGUCACUUCUCACUCUGCAGAUCCUGGAGUUGGAGAGUUUUAUGAAAUUCCCCAGAAUCAUUUGUCCAUAUGCAAACCGGCAAACAGGCAAUCGUUCUUGUAUCGAAAGGUUUUGGAAACAAUUAAGCAUCAUGUCAAUUUACCAAAGGAAUAAACUGACACGGAUAAUAUGUUUGCAUAUCAAAGUGUUGGCACUCCCUCGCCGUCAAAUCUGGCUGGAUUGGUGAAGACCCGAGCUAUCGUGUGAUCCAACUUUUUACACCUUAACCAAUGGUUUAUGGA